AUGCCAUUCACAUCCACUGACCGUGACAACAGCAUCCCGCCUGUCGUGUCCAAGGGCUACCAGGCCAAGGGCAGCUACCAAACUAUCAAUGGCCUGAAGACAUACGUCACCGGCCCCGCGACUGCCACCAAGGCCAUCCUGGUCGUCUACGACAUCUUCGGCUUCUUUGACCAAACCAUCCAAGGCGCCGACAUCCUCGCCACCUCCAACGACCAGAAAUACCGCUCCCGCCGACAUCUCCUGGUACCCCCCCCCACUACCGACGAGCACAAGCAAAAGCUGGGCAACUUCUUCCAGACCCAGGCUGCCCCUCCUAAAACCCUCUCCAAGAUCCCCGACAUCGUCAAGGAGGCCAACCAGGCCGCCCCCGGCGGAACCUUCCAAUCCUGGUCCAUCCUGGGCUUCUGCUGGGGCGGAAAGAUCGCGGCCCUCUCCGCUGGCGCCGAUAACAAGAUCUUCAAAGCGGCGGCACAGUGCCAUCCCGCAAUGGUCGAUCCCAAUGAUGCCAAGACCAUCAAUGUGCCUUUCGCCUGUCUGGCGUCCAAGGACGAACCGGCCGAUGACGUGAAGGCCUUCAAGGCGAACCUGACGGUGCCCAACCAUGUGGAGACAUUCUCGACGCAGAUUCACGGCUGGAUGGCCGCUCGUUCUGAUCUGGAAGAUCCCGAGGUUGUCAAGGAGUAUGAGCGUGGGUACAAGACGGUGCUGGACUUUUUCCACAGCCACGCUUAA